AUGACAACGGCGACAACAUGCUGGAUCCUAUUGGCUCUAACUCUAAGCGCAAGUCUCAUUCCUGGAUCACACCCUCUCUCAGAGAAAGAUGCUUUGAUCGCGUUUAAGAAGAGCUUAACUGAUCCUCUAAACGUGCUCAAGACUUGGGAUGCCAGAAAACCAAACCCAUGCAGUUGGGCACACGUCACCUGCAAUUCACAAAAUAAGGUCAUCGGAUUGUUCUUGAUCGGCAGCCAACUCUCUGGACAUCUGGUACCUGAACUCGGAUCGCUUUCGUCUCUUGUGCAGAUGAUUAUGGAUCAGAAUGAGAUCUCAGGACCAAUUCCAGCUGAGCUUGGUAAUCUAAAGGCACUCCACACUAUGAUAUUAAGUUAUAAUGGAUUAUCAGGCAGCAUUCCUCCUUCAUUUGGUAAUUUACAAUCACUUACUACCCUUGGUCUGGAUAAUAACCAAUUAUCUGGGAGAAUCCCUUCCCAAAUUGCAAACAUUAGAACCCUCAAAAUUGCCGCUUUCAACGACAACAAAGCUUUAUGUUGGGAAUUUCGGCCCACACCAGUAUUUAGAGGCGAUUACCCAAUUUGCCCGAAGAAGCAAUAG